AUGAAAACCUGCAUACACACGGCCCUCCAUGGCAACAAGUUUGAGACCACUGCUCUUUGGAAGCCAUGGGGGCAAGUGAUCACAGAGACAGCAAAGAAAAUGGCUACCUCGGCCUCCUCAGAACAUUACAAACGAGGGUUUGGGCAGAAGAUGACUAAGCAGGAAGCCGGUCUCAUCCUGGGGAUCAGUCCGACCAUCAGGAAGACCAAGGUGCAAGACGCCCAUAGCAGAGUCAUGCUCUUAAAUCACCCAGAUAAAGGCUGCUCUCCUUAUUUGGCGGCUAAGAUCAACAAGACAAAAGACCUUGUUGGAUUGUGUGUCACGAUUGUCGCUUGA